AGAAGAAGAAGGAGAAGUGUCACGUGAUGGACCCGGAAGUUGUAGGGAUAACGGUGUUUUCUGCAGGUGUCGCUGUAACACGGAGUCGUCUCGUUUUACUCCAUUUAGAUUCCUAAAGAAAAAUACGAGCUUGUGCGGCCGCUUUUCACGCUGGAAAGAUUAUUUCAGCCCAAGUGCAAACAAAGUGUUGUUUUUAAAACGAGCUAACGUUAGCUAGCUAGCAGCGAUGGCUGCGCAGAGGAGCGCCCGGGACGCCCGUCAACAUGACUUCUGAGAGUGACGUGUUGAUGAAAGAGUACCUCAAGAUGGUGACCGACAUGAUCGUGCUGUGCGCCACGCUGGCUCUCUCCCUGUCCUUCUGGAUGAUCUCCAUCGCCAUCAGCAGCUACUACGGAACACUGCAGCCUGUGUCGCCGUGGCGAUGGUUGUUCUCCAUCUUGGUUCCCCUCAUGCUGACGGCCAGAGGGAUGAAGAGACAAAGUCUGAGCUACUCUGGAGCGCUGGGGGCUCUGCUCGUCGGCUUCGUGCUGACGAUGGCCAACUACAGCUUCUUCUCCGCCCUGCUGGCCUUCUUCAUCACCUCCACCAAGCUCACCCGCUGGGGGGGGGCGCACAAGAGGAAGCUGGACGCCGAGUACAAAGAAGGCGGCCAGAGGAACUGGAUCCAGGUGUUCUGUAACGGAGGAGUCCCCACAGAGCUCGCCCUGCUCUACAUGAUCGAGGUGGGCCCAGGUGAGAUGGCCAUCGACUUCAGCCGGCAGUACACGGCCUCCUGGAUGUGCCUCUCUCUUCUGGGCGCGCUGGCCUGCAGCUGCGGGGACACCUGGGCCUCGGAGGUGGGACCCGUCCUCAGCCAAUCACAGCCCAGACUCAUCACCACCUGGAAGGAAGUCCCGGCAGGCACAAACGGAGGCGUCACCACCGUGGGACUGGUGGCCAGUUUCCUGGGGGGGCUGGUGGUGGGCGGGGCUUACUACGCCACGCAGCUCCUGCUGGUGAACGACCUGGACCUGGUGAACCCCCAGUGGCCCAUCGUGGUGUACGGGGGCGCGGCCGGCCUGGUGGGCUCGUUGCUGGACUCCUUCCUGGGGGCUCACAUGCAGUACUCGGGCUACGACGCCAGCAUCGGGAAGGUGGUGAGCUACCAGUCGGCCACCACGCGGCGCAUCUGUGGGAAGCCCAUCCUGGACAACAACGCCGUCAACCUGUUCUCCUCCGUCCUGGUGGCGCUGGUUCUGCCCGGCCUGGCCUGGGGGAUGUGGCCCCGAUAGACCAAGACACUCCAGACUCAGCCCGUGUUUUCACUACAUGUCGGACGCUUGUGACUUGUGCCCCCCAUUUACACGUGAACUUUCAGGUAUAAUUUAAGCUUAAUACUGCCCCCCCCCCCAGCGUUUAAUAAAUAAGCUGUCUUUAUCAGUAUAUUGUUUAUUUGCUGUUUCUUUUUUGUUUUUAGAUCAUUUGAAUCACUAAUUUAUAAAAACAAACAUGAAAAAAAAGUUGCGGAAAAAACAUCUGAAUCUGUUGCGUCAAAAAAUGUUGAAAAAAAACAAUA